CCUCUGAGUCAGGGUCUUAGCUAUUAUUAUCGGUUCGUCUCGCCGUAUGAUCCUGCCCACGCUUAUCACGCAAAUUCUCGCCUGGAACCGCCCAGCAGCUCCACCCCCGAUCCACCCAGGAGGAGCAUGUCAACCAGGAUUCGGUUCUAGAACGAAGGAGCUACACGGGUUUUGUGUAUCCCAUGACGCCCCCCUGGGCCACAGAGUCACAGACAGGUCUCCAUCGGACGGUAUAUAGUGGUUGAGCGCGGAGGAAGCUGUGGUGAGUCUUGAAUUGCUGGACAGCAGCUCUCACCUCCUCGGGUUAUCUCGCUGGUUUCCAGCACCCAGGUCAAUUCCUACUUCAACUAAUCAAACUACUCUUCUAUACUAUACUGCACAAAUCACCGCCUGUGAAAUGUCCUACUCGGUGUCUUUCGUCUCUACUCCACGCCCCCAACGACCCUCCACGCUCGCCAACAAGACCUCGCUGCACCUGCGUCUGACGGUGCUGUCGAGCGAGAAGCUCGACCACGAAAGCUCCGCUCGCGAGCCCAACCUGCGCCGCUGUCUCGGCCAUGCCUCUAUCCACGAAAAGUCCAUGCAGAUGGUCCAGCAGGACAUCAUGCACCACCUCCGCUCCAUGGCCAUGGGCGACGGUGACGACGACGCCGACGAGAUCGACAGGGAGAAACGUGCGCACAGGCUUCACCGCCGCCGCUCCUCUUCUCCCACCAAACGUUCUCCUUCUCCUCCCCCCGUGAUUUCCGUCGAGGGCGAAAAGACCAGUCUGCUCGACCGAGGCAGGCAGUACGUCGAGAGCCUCUUCUCCCGUCGCAGCAGCACCAACACCAAUCCCCUCUGGUCGCGCUCGCGUGUCGUCACCUGUUGAUCGGCGCCUUGGUUUUUUUUCUUUCUUUUCUUUUUUACCACUCUCUUCUUUUCCAACAUCCACUACGACAAUACUAGUUGGUACACUAGUCAUCGUACCCCCGACACACAGACUCCUGGAGUGCACCACGCGGUAAUCCGAACCAAACCCUCGGACACAGUCCGCGCCCACUCGUCAGGACGGGAGGAACUGCCGCAGAAAAAGGCACACAAACGGAUUGAGAUAGAUUUUAUACAUAGAUAGACAUGAUACCC